AUGGCCUCAACAGCACAACACGCGUCAAAGUUUGCAAGAUUCAUGAACUCGGAAACGGGGCCCAAGACGGUGCAUUUCUGGGCCCCCGUGUUCAAGUGGGCGUUGGUUGUAGCUGGAAUAAACGACUUGCAGAGACCAGUAGAGAAGCUAAGUGGUACUCAACAGAUUGCCUUGUUUGCCACGGGGGCAAUAUGGACUCGUUGGGCUGGGUUUGUGAUUAAACCGAGAAACAUUCUCCUUGCCUCGGUCAAUUUCUUCUUGGGUGGUGUUGCUGGUUACCAGUUGAUUAGAAUCGUUAGGUACAGACACGAUGUGGGUGAUUCUCCAGGACAGAUUUUCAAAUACAUCAUCAAUGGCGACCCUUCGCAGACCUCCCAAGCUGCAGCCCAAACUCCAGCUCACGCUGAACUGGAGAAGAAGUGA